AUGAACGAGCCUGGCGACCACCACCGCGAAAACCAGACGACGGACCGCUCGACGACCAACAGGAACGACGUGGACUCGGGCCCGUGGUUCGACCCGGACGAGUUAACCCCUCGGUCGCUUUGGGAAAAAAUCGGCGACGGUUCUUUCGGGAAAGUCUACCGAGCGCACUUGUUGGGGACCGCAGUGGCGGUGAAAGUGAUUCAGAAUUUAAAACCCGACCGAGUCGCCGGUUUGAAACGAGACAUAUUUUACCUCUCGCGCAUGACGCACCCGAACGUGGUUCCUAUUUACGGCGCGUUCAUCGAGGAAGGGAUGCUGCACAUGGUCAUGGAAUUCGUCCCGAACUCUUUGAGGAAUAAACGCGUCGUCAAUCAGGUUAACGUGGUACGAGUUUUACAAGACGUGGCGAGAGCGCUGGUGAGGAUGCACGCGCAAGGACACAUUCACAGGGACGUGAAAGCGAGGAACGUGUUGAUUUCAGCGUACCAAAAGAGAGAGAAAAGAGACAAAAAUGUUUUACUCUGUGGCUGCUUAUUUUGUGUACUCACCACCUCUUUCGUCAUCGUCCUCGUACUAACUACGUUCCACUACCCAAAACUCAUCAAUCACCAAAAACAACAGGACUUUGAAACCGCGAAACUGACGGAUUUUGGUCUGGCGCGCAUCCUACCGCAAUACGCCAACGACCGGCGAGACGUGAACCCGAAGACGACGCCGAAAAUCGGUCCACCGAAAUAUCGAGCGCCAGAGGUGGAAAAACACGACUCGGAGAAAGAUCACACGUACGCAUUUUCUUCGGACGUGUACGGAUACGGGGUCAUGUGCUUUCAGCUCAUCGAUCAGGUGAAAAAAAGGAGACGGAAAUCGCAUCCGCACGAGGUUGAUUUCGUCACCGGUUUGGGCAACGCGUGCUGCGAGGAAGAUCCGAGAGCUCGACCGACGGCGGCGAUGUGCCUGGCGAAAUGUCGCGAGUUUUUAGGCGAGUCGUGGACGGCGAACGACAGAGUGUGGGGGAAUCCGAAUCCGACCGAACGAGUCGGAUAUUGGACGACGGAGAUGAUGGACGUCGGGACGUUUAAGAAAGUGGCGCCGAAAGAGGAAGAGGAAGGGAAAGACUCUCCGAGCGGGUUGGAACACGGCGAAACGCCGACGACAACAAAUGGGCGCACGCAAACGCACGGUAAAAGAGGAAAGCAUAGCGAUGAUGAAGACGAGGACGAGGACGACGACGACGACGAGGAGGAAAAUCAGCAAAUCAACAAGAACAAGAAAGCGAAAGAACGCGAGUUGAUAAAAAUGCUCGAAGACGAAAGAAGAAUGGGAGAAAAAGGAACGACGACGACAGCUCCAGCAGCUGUACAAGCAGCUGUGCAAGCAGUAGCAGACGCGGAAAAUAGGAACGGAACGAAUACGAACGGAACGGGGACACCAACGACGACGACGACGACGUCUUUACGGCGACGAGUCAUUGAAGCGCACGGGAACACUAACAACACUAACAACAACGGCGCCAAGGCCAAUCGGAAACGCUCGAAACCGGCGACUGGGGACGCGAUGGAUAUUGGUGUCAACGCGCAUGCCGCCGGCAUAGAGAACACCCAAGUCGCAAUGGUUCGAUCCGCGGACGGACGAAUCACAAAAACGAGCUCUCUCGGCGAAGACUCUGGUUCCCAAACGCCGGUCAGUAAAUAUUCCCGAGGCGAGAACGUGGCGAGCGAAAACGGCCCUCCCGUCGUGAGAAGACUGAACAGUCUCUCCACCUUAGGCAUGGGCGAUUUGAAAGUUGAAGAAACUCGAAGCUAA